AGGAGGCGAGCGGUCUUCGAUUAUGUUCAGAGGUUGCUCAGGGGAACUCUAGGACUCGAGCAUACUUCUAUCAGCUGGGUUAAUGAUGCAACACCAUGCAGACCUUUUUGGUGGCUAUUUCUCUGUGAUUGUGAAUGAUUGGUAAUCCUAUUUCAGGUUAUGAAGUUGGAUUUCAAUCCCCUUUGAUUUUUUUAUUCGAUUCAAGGUAUUUUGGGUAUCGUAUUUAAUGUUCACCUCGCGACUUCGGAUUAUGCAUCUUUGCUUGGUUUUGGGCUAACUUUUGUGGAUUCUUUGCUGAUUAUUUGAGAGGUUGUUCAUGUUAACAACACUUCUUUUAAUUGUGCAUUCAAGUAUUGAGUUGGAGGAAUGAAGUGUUGUUCUCUGUGACGGACCUUCUGCCCUUCGAACUGCUGUUCAUGCUGUUCUUUUUGUGGAGUGUGUGACUUAUGUUUUUGGGUGUUUAUGCUGUGAUUUUUUUGGAAGAGCAUUUGCUGCAACUUUGGUGAAAUUCCUUUGGAUGACCAUGGUUUACUGCAUUUUUCCACUGGACAGUGGAGAAUGCUACUGCAAAUUGGUCUUGCUGUUGCUCACCUGGAUAUGUUUUGAACCAUGCUUUGAGUGAUGAAUUUACUGACCACUGGGGUUCAAUCCAUGAAGAAUACAUUGCCUGUGGUGCUGUACCCAUAAACUGCAUAAUGGCCAGUUGUCCCCGCUACCCCCCCUAAUGGUUAUGGCAGAGCCUACUAGGGAUGAUUUGGGGUAGAGGAACUGACCAAUGCUUGAAGGAAAGUGUAGAAUAUGUGGCAUGCUAUAUAUUCCAUGUGAUUAUCUUGUGAUGUGAGUUUGAUUUUGGAUCUUGACUACUACACGAACUGGGAGAAUGUUUUGCACCACCGGGUAGGGCUGUUGCUGACCCACAAGUGGCUGUGGGCAGCAUAUGGAUUACCUACAGUAUUUUUUGGCAAUGCUUAAGUUGCUGCCCAGAUUUUGCAGCUGGUUUGGAGCUUCUAUUUUGCAUAAUUCCAUUGGAAAGCUUCUGUUUUGGAUACGAGGGGCUGAAGAUUGGAAAACCUCUGACCAAGGAGAUCCUGCUGUUUUGGCCUUGGAAAACUGCCAUUUUUAUGUUCCUUUGUACGUUUGGGCUGGGAAAUAGAGCUAGAAGUGCUUGAGCAGCUGUUUUAGACUUGGAAAGAUGUUUUGGGCUGCACAUGGAUGAAAGGAAGUGUUACUGAUUUUGUAUUUUGAGCUGAUUUUGAGCUGAUUUUGUUUUGGAAAUUGGAGUAUGGAUUUGGGCAGCGUGGGUGUUGAUUCCUCCUGUUGGUCCUCGGUUUUACCUCAUUCUUGGAGGUAAUAACCAAUUGGGUCCUGCUGGUAGGCCGCCCUUUGUCUCUUCUUUACCCUUUCUGUUGGGGUAUUUGGAAGAACUUGGGUUAUCUCGGCCAACAAGUGGAGCUUGUAGCUGACUGGUUUGCCAUCUUCUUUUUGCUUUUUUUUCUUUUAUGAGUGAGAUUGAUUGAUUGUA